GAAACCAAAGGCCACAGACGGAUAUGUCAGAGUUUCCAUUUUAAGUAACAAGUUUCCUUCUCCGCCAUUUACCCCCCAAAGGAUACACAAAACCCAAAUCUUGAAAAUACUGAAAUACGUAAUUGAAAAUGCUCCCAGCUCAGAUAUGCUCGUGGGAAAGUGUGUAGAAUAAUUUUUUUUGUAUACAUACACAUUCGAUACCUAUAAAGUCUAAUACUUUAUGAAACCUAUGAAAGAUUUUUUAGCUUUACACAAAUGAAAUACUGGUAGUUCAGUAAACAGUUAUCAGCUCUCAAAUUGUACUGCAUUGUUCGUUUCUUCAUUCACUUUCUUUUCCCUUCACUUUUCGUGCUUCUGGCGCUCAUUCUUUCUUCUUCCUUUUCUCUCUUUUUUGUUGUUUUGCUGUACUGGGAAUUGUUUCUUCAGAGUUGCUUGCAGUCUGUUCGACGAAAUGCCUGAAUGACACCCUUAACAAGACCUCAUUGUUUCAACUCCUUGUUGAGUACCCCUGCUACUACCUCCUGUAAAGUCGUUUUACUAAACUCAAGAAAAAGACUUCAUUUCCAUAGAAAAUCAGGGGGUUUUGACCUUGUUUUGGGUAAUAAAAUGUGUUCUUUGAAGUUUCUUGAACUAAGGAGGGAAAAUGCUAAGCACAGUGUGUUUCGUUGUUGCUGCGAAAAAGGGUCGGAGGGUGAAACAGAUUUGGAGUUAGAAGCGGAGAUUUUGGCCUUCAUGGAAAAGUCUGAGAACCCAAAUGCAUUUCCUACAAAGAAAGAUUUGGAAAAAGCGGGAAGAGUUGAUUUAUUGGAGGCUAUAAAGAAGAGGGGUGGGUGGUAUUCUUUUGGUUGGGACACAGAAAAUGUUCAUGAAUCUGAGACUGAAGAAAUGGAUUUUGAUAUUGAGGAAUUUAGAAAAAGAGUUGAGAAAUAUCAAGAAAGUGAUUCAUUAAGAGGGAAUGAAGAUUUUGGUUUUGAUUCUUCAAUUGGGAAUUCUUCUCAGCCAGCUUCCUCCUCUGGUAGAUCACUAGAAGCUGCAGUUGAGUUUGAGGAAGAUAGUGGGAUUGAAGGGAUAUUGAACCGACUAGAGUAUGAGAGGAUCUUAUCUCUUGGUAUUACUACGGGCAAAUAUGGGUAUGGAUCUAAUUGUUCAAGUAGGAAUAGCUUGGAUGGUGGAAGCUCUGGAACCACUACUACGGACAGGACUGACCCGGGGAAAAAUGGAAGCCUCAAAUCAGGUAGCCCCAAGAAAGGCAGUUUAAGUGAUUCAGGAGGGCAGCUUAACCACCAAUUCACGCCAGAUAUGUGGAGAACAUGGAGCAUGCAACGUGCAGAUCCUCAGGGCACAGAGUUUGAAGCUGGUGAUAUUAGCUUUGGUAAGACACCAGAUGGAGGUAAAAGUGAAUCUUCAAGAGAAGGUCUAUUAACCAUCACAGAGAAUAGUUAUGAAGCUUUGGAGAGAUGGAAAAAUGACAACCAUAAUGACAUAAGACCUCGUCUUCGGCGUUUAGAGCUUGAGCUAUCCUCGACCCUUCGCUCCCUGAGAUCCAAGAGCCAGGAGUUCAGUUCAAAGGAGGUUCUUGGCAGAUCCAUUAGUGAUUUGGAGAACCUUUCUGAUGCACGGGAGUUCCAGGAGAAUGAGGUCAUAAAUGCUCAGAAGAGAUUGCGGUCCAUACGUGCAAAACUUGCCAUACUUGAGGGGAAAAUGGCAUUAGCAUUGAUUGAUGCGGAUAAGGUGUUGGAAGAGAAGAAAAAGAGAAUUGAUGGUGCUAGUAAAGCUUUACAGCUUCUUCGUACUACUCGGAUUGUUUGGCAUAACUCUGCCUCAGAGGUUCUUCUAACAGGCUCAUUUGAUGGAUGGACAACUCAGAGGAAGAUGGAGAAAUCGCACACUGGUAUAUUUUCUGUAAGCCUAAAGUUGUAUCCAGGCAGAUAUGAGAUCAAAUUCAUUGUUGAUGGCAUAUGGAAGGUUGAUCCUUUGUGGCCCGUUGUUCACAACGAUGGUAAUGAAAAUAAUCUUCUCAUUGUCACCUAACAGCAGGUCGCCGAAAAGUUACUGUAAGAACUGAAAGAUUAUUAACUGAUCCUACGUGGUUAAGGGACUGAUGUAGUAUUGCUGUCUUGUAAGUACUCCAAGUAGCGAUUGACUUAGCUCAAAAAUAUGAUCAUAUAAUAGGUUGCAUACUAGAAUUUUGUAGUUUCCUGUCAUUCUUUGACGCCUAACUAGUACAGAUACAGCAUUUAUUUCUUGGCGGUGUAAGGCAAACAUGUGUUCCAAAGAUCUGAGCUGAUUUGGCCUAUUCUUUUAAAGAAAUUGAUAUUCUUUUGUGUA